AUGUUGUUGGACAGAGGUUGUUCUGUUGGUCGCUUGGUGAAUCUUGUUGGUGUUCUCUUACCCGAGAAGGUCCUGUGGGGCCUGAUGCUGAUUCUGUCUGUUGUGAUAUAUGGCUCCCAUGCUCCACUCUUGACUCUUUGUAAAGAAAAUGGCCAGAUCCCAUUCAGUGCCUCCUCUGUGGUAGUUUUGAUUGAGUUAACAAAGCUAGCACUUUCCUUAGUCUUUUUGCUCAUCUGGGACUGGAAACAACUAAGGAUCUCCAUAUCAUGGUAUCAUGCUGCACCUUUUGCUCUCUCGGCUUUGCUGUAUGCAGCCAACAACAACUUAGUGGUUCAUCUGCAGCUGUUUAUGGAUCCUAGUACGUUUCAAGUACUAAGCAACUUGAAAAUUGGAAGCACUGCUCUUCUUUUCAGUUUUUUCUUGCACCAAAGACUGACUCUACGCAAGUGGCUAGCCCUUGGCCUACUGACAGCUGCUGGAGCAUUCUACACAUAUGGAGGCCUGCAGGACCUAGAGCGCUUGCCUUCCUCUGACACACAGCUGCACAUUACUCCCAUUGGCCUGCUGCUGAUCUUGCUGUAUUGCCUGAUUUCAGGCCUCUCUGCGGUCUAUACCGAAGUUGUUCUCAAGACCCAAGACCUGCCUCUUAACCUUCAAAAUUUGUUCCUUUAUAUUUUUGGUGUUGUGCUGAAUGUAAUUAUCCACCUGGCAAGCAGCUCAGUAGCUGGGUUUCUAGAAGGUUUUUCAUUUUGGAUACUGCUAGUUAUCAUAAGCCAAGCCUUGAAUGGUUUGAUAAUGUCUGUGGUCAUGAAGCACAGUACUAACAUCACUCGACUUUUUGUAAUCUCCUGUUCCAUUAUGGUUAAUGCUUUGCUCUCAGUCCUCCUUUUCAACCUCCACCUCACUGUCUUUUUUUCCCUUUCUGUACUAUUGAUUGGCUUGGCUGUUUACUUGUACUAUGGAGUCAAAUAGCUUUGUUGCUUUUGUCUUGUGGAAGCCAUCCUCAGCCCAAGAAGUAUUAUUGAAAACGUAUAAUGGGUGAAAAUAUUGUGGAUCUUCCGAAAAUCACAUCACAAUUGCUUGGGAAUAACUUAUGCCUUUAUUUGUGCACCAUGUGAUUGCACCAUCACACACCCCUCCAGUUGCUGCUUAAUUUUGACAGUGUAGCAGCACAGUAGGGAAGGGUGGACCAUUGGAGACAAACACUUGUUUUCUGCAUUUCUGAUAUAAUCUAUUUAUAUAUUUAGAUCUUGUUUUGCCCCAUACAGUGAACAUAGCACUUUCGUUUUUUGCUGUUGAAUAUUUUGCACAAUCUGUUACAAUAAUAACAGAAUGGCAGAGUCAUAUUUGAUAACCUCCCACUUCCUUGCAAUAUGCUGCCUACGUAAUGAUGAUUCUCCAAAAGGGAGUGCUUUCUCAAUGGACUACAGUAGAAUUGUUAUCUCCCAAGCUUUCAUCUCUGUUUAUGUGUAACUUUCUUAUCCACUCAAUUUUUAUUUGGAAAGAGGGCUAUCUGAACAGGGUUACCUGUUAUCGAUUCUCUUGUCGGGCAGAUCAUGGCUUUUGUCAUUCUCUUUCCCACAGAGCUUCCAGUCUAGUUAUCUGAUAAAUGUCAAACUUGAUAAAGUGCCUUUUAUAGAUUGUCUUCUGGCUUUUACUGUUUGUUCCUGAACGAAGCCAAGGCUCCCAUACACAAAAUGACAAGAGCUGAAAUCCUUCAAAAAUUGCAGCCAGGUUUUCCUAACGCUUUGCUCUUUCCUUCUGAAAAACUUUGCCCAAUAUGACUCUCUUUUCCCUUUCAUCUGAAUUUGAAAAUUUUCCUGAAUAAGCAGUGCAUCAUAUCUGUUUGCUUUUUUUAAGCUUAUGCAUGCAGUGAACAUUUGUUUUUAUUCAAAUUGGUUUUUGGAGAUACUAUGUAAUGCCUCAUCAUUGACCAAGCAACCCUGACUCAUCUCCCUUUACAGUUAUUAAACUGUACAGACAGAUUCUGACAUGGGUAGCAUUUCUGUUAUCACCCAACCAAGAUUUCCCAUUUGCAUUGCCACUUUCCCUGGAGCAAAUACAGGCAAUUAAUGAAGUAGAUGUGUUCUGCUUCGUUACUUAGUCAAUGGAAAAUUUGAAACGAGGUGAUUGAGGUCAUAAGCUGUCACAGAUUUCUGGACAUUUUCAUGACACACCAUUUAAGAAAUGUGCUAAAUAGCACAGCUGAGCACAACCCUUAGGCAUGACCUUGUCAUAAUAAAAGUCACCAUCAAAGUGGAAACCAAAGAGAUUAAAGUCAUCAGGAAACAGAAUGAGGAUUUCAUACCAUGUUUUGCCAGGAGUUCAGCUACCCCAAGGCAUCUUUUUAUUCAAAACUAACAAUAUGCAUAUGUGAACUGGUCAUGGAAGCCUUGCAUUAGUCAAUAAAAUUCUCUACCUGCUAGAGACCACUUUAAGCUUUUCCCCCAACAUAUAUCCAGGGGUGGCUUUUUCUUUCACCAGCCUCCACUUUUCUUAUUUCCAUUUUGGUGGCCAAAUAUAUAUCCGUGCAUUUAUAAUAUUUUGAGGUGGUUGAUCUGUUCUAUUUUUCUUUAGUUUGCCUAUUCAUGCAUGCCCAGUAAGGGAUUCAAGAGGUUGGCACACAAGGUAACAGUGGGAUUUCCUAGAGAAGAUUCCCACCCUUCUUUUAGGUCAAACUUUGUUUUUUGCAUUGUUUACUACAAGCACAUGGCUAGAACGCAAUGAUGAAAGCUUAUAUUUCUCCAGCAAUCUUUUACCAUCCUCCCAAUAUCCAGGCUGUUAAAAGAAACACCUUGCUAGACAGGAGAGAGAGGAGACAAGGGUCCCACAGGCAUUAAAGUAUCUGUAAAAAGUAGUUUCACUGUCAGAGUGUUUGUUUACUGAGCUGUGCCUGUAAUAAAGAUUAGAAAUGUUCUUGCUGUCAAAUGCCUUGUCUGCAGCAUUGUCAAUUGCAGACAAAUUUAACAAAAUAAGACUAGUCACUCAACCUCUUAUACUCCAGUACCAAUGUUGGAAACUGUAACAAAGGAAGAGAACUGAUGAGUAGUCACUCUGAAUUAGAGUUGUGAAUAUACAGGAUUCCUGGUUGCAAUUCUACCUUAGCAUUCUUUGGAGGGUGAGGGUGUUCUACUUUCACAUUUUGGGAUGUGUGUGCUAUCUUACCCAUCAUUUUAACACUUUGAAGAACCAGUGAUGGAAUUGUAUAUACUCAGGUUCAAUUAGUAUCAAUGCUAUGCAUCAAUGUCUGAUAUGGAAUAAUAUUAAAAUAUUACCAGGGUUGUUUUUA